AACGACACAUGAGUAUGCCCGCUGUUGACUCGGUGUAGAAACGCUGCAGAUAAGAUGUUGCUGUACGUCCUGUGCUUGCUCCUUGCCUGCCUUUCUUGGACUCAAGGCAAACAAUUGGACAUCUCCUGUAAGCCUUGUGUAUGUAGGGUCACACCCAAUGGAAAGUUGAUCGCCAAUUGUAAGGACAAACAUCUAUCUAACAUCCCCAAACAGAUUCCAAAUUCAGUAUCAUACCUGUGUUUGUCUCACAACAGUAUUAAGCAUCUGCCAGGUGGCUCGUUUCAACGGUUCUCUGCUUUGGAACAUCUUGAUCUGUCUUUCAAUCAACUGAAAAGAUUGCAUGUGCACACUUUUGCAGGAGCUACAAAUCUGCUACAUUUGAACCUCAAUGGAAACCAUCUCCAACUUAUCAACGAAUCAGCAUAUCCAGAGGGCAUAUUUAGAGAGCAGAAAAAAUUGCUUACGCUGAACAUCGCAAACAACAACAAGAUCGCAGAUUCAGUAUACCCAGAUAAAGCGCUUGGUGAUCUUACUGCUCUUCAGAGACUUUUCAUUGACGGUGUUCGGAAUGCCUCGUUUGGGACUGGAUUUUCGAAACUGAAGAAUCUUACUACGCUGUCGUUAUCAGGCAAAAGGGGCCACUGCUCAGUUCAAACCCUGUUGAAUACAUCAUUUCUCUACACCCCAUCUGUCAGGAACCUGGACAUAAGCAAAUGUAGAAUCAACUUUAUUGAAGCAAGUGCAUUCUGGCCAUUAAGGCAUAUUGAUACACUCGAUAUAUCUGACAAUCAGUAUCUAGGGUUUGAUCGCAUGGGUGAAGCUAUAUAUGGACUUCGAAAUUCUUCUCUAAGCGUUUUAAAGGUCAACAGAAUAGUGACAACAUUUGCCAUAGGGGUUCACCUAAAGAAACACAAUACGAGAUAUUUCAGUGAUCUUAAUUUAAAAGAGAUUCAUAUUGAUGCAAAUAGAUUGGAACUCAUAGACCAGGAAUGCAUCGGUCACAUGAAAACAGUGGAAAUAAUAUCCAUGAAUCACAAUAGAGUGACAUUUGGAUCCUAUCUCCUGAGUCUCGAUAGACUGACAAAUCUGCGGAAAAUUUCUGUUUAUAACCAGUAUUCAUCUAAUAUCCCUUCAAUCAAGUUGAUGCAGUUAGAGGCACAUUCCUCUCCCCAAUCCGCUGCCCUCAUUUGAUCCCCAGCCAGUGGU